AUGGGUUCAGCUGCACAUAAACAAAAACAUGCAGGAGGUCAACCACAAGUUGCUGGACAACAACCUCCUCCACAACAAAUGCCCAUGCAACAGGGAAAUGUUCAGCCUGCACCAGUCCAACAGCCAAUGCAGCAAGGACAAAAUUUUGCUCCUCAACAGCAACCGGGUAUGGCUCCAGUGCCCCAACAACAACCAGUUAUGGUUCCAGUUCCUCAACAGCAACCAGUUAUGGCUCCAAUGCCACAGCAACAACAACCGGUUAUGGCUCCAAUGCCCCAACAGCAACCAGUAAUGGCUCCAAUGCAACAACAACAACCAGUGAUGGCUCCAAUGCCACAACAACAACAGCCAGUUAUGGUUCCAAUGCAACAACAACAACAACAACAGCCAGUUAUGGCUCCAAUGCCCCAACAACAACAACCAGUUAUGGCUCCAAUGCCACAACAACAACAACCAUUUAUGGAUCCUCAGCAACCUAUGAUGAUGUCUAACGCACCUCAACAACCACCUCAGAUGUUCUCACAGCCAGCUCAAGGUGGUUAUAUGUAA